CGAUCGCCGAAUAGCACCGCGUCGCUCUCUGGCAAGAUGAGCACGCUCCGUCUCGACUCGGACAUCCGCAACUGGGUGCUCAUCCCGAUCACCGUAGCGAUGUUCUUCGUGGGCAUCGUUCGGCACAACAUCGGGAAGCUGAUGCACCGCGACCGUAAGGUGGAUCUGAAGGCGCUCAGGGAGGCCCAGGCUGUGAUCCGCGCGGAGCGGCUCAGGAACAACUCUGGGUACCUGCAGUCCGCGGGAUUCCGCAUGAGGAAACACUUCUUUUGCGCACCGGAGACCGGCGUGUUCAAUCAGGCGGCGAAGAAGGCGAACCCCCAGGCGCAGAUGCUGUCGGAUCCCACCAUGAUGACCAGCAUGCUGACGAAGAACCUCAACUUCAUCGUCCCCAACAUGCUCACCGCGGGCUGGGUCAACUUCUUCUUCACCGGCUUCGUCGUCGGCAAGGUUCCGUUUCCGCUCACGCAGCGCUUCCGCGGGAUGCUCCAGCGGGGCAUCGAACUCCAAUCGCUCGACGUUACCUACAUAUCGUCCCUGUCGUGGUACUUCCUCAACUUCUUCGGGCUUCGCGGGGUGUUCAACCUGUGCCUGGGCGAGAACACGCUGGACGACACGCAGGCCAUGCAGCAGCAGAUGGCCAUGGGCAUGAACACUGAAAAAGCGUUUGCGUCUGUCAAGGAGAACCUGGACAUGUUGGAUCACGAGUUCGUGUUGUACGUGGCGGAGAGGAGAGCGGAGCGACUGCUCAGGAGGCUGGUGUCGGGGGCGGCGGUCGGGGAGGCGAGAGCCUUCGCAAACGCAGAGUUUUGAGUUCCAUAGGUUCAGCGUAUCAAUUUAGAGUCGGAUU